AACCCAAUGCUGAUGAUGAUUAUUCGAUAUUGGUUAUUAAAGUGGAUGACGAUGAAGAGAAGACUAAUGAAUCCCAAAAUGACCAGAUAAACGAAGAAAAACAAGAAAAUAAUCGAACCAGAAAUGAAAAUUUGCUCUUGAAACAAGAAAAUAAACGAAUCAGAAGUGAAAUUUUGCUACUUAAACAAGUCAUAAGUGAUAAUUUGCUUCUUAAACAAAUAAAUAAACGAAUCAGAAAUGAUAAUUUUCUUCUUAGAUGCGAAAUAAAUUUUCUCUAUCAACAAAUCAUCCAAAAAGAUGAAAUAUACAAAGAACUUCACGAUAAAAUGUAUCAAGCACAAUUAAAUUCCCAAAACUGUAUAGAUAACAAGAAAAAGAUUGCCAAUCAACAAAAGUUAAUUGAUAACUUUCAAGAAAAAAUAGAAAUAGUAGAAAUAUCUAAUUCUAAUAAAGAGAAAAUAAUUGUAAAACUCAUUGGGAUAAUUCGUAGAAUUAAUCAAUUGACUGAAAAUGUUAAUGAUGACAGUUUAAUAUUGAAAAAGGUGAUUUGA